AUGAUGUUUUUUUUGCGAGUUUCUGUUUGCUUAAUCUUUCUUGUGAUCACGUCGUCGGUGCAAGGUAAAUGGUAUUCAACUUCUCCAGGAAACUGUCGGAUCAACGAAAACUAUACACCAUGUACACAACUUUGUCCACCAACCUGUGAGGCUCCAAAUCCGACAUGCAGAGUUGACUGCACUCGGCCCUCCUGCAAUUGCAUACAAGGAUACGUCUACAACCAUGAAGGUCGCUGCAUUCCAUCUACUUCCUGUCUCCGCCAGAUGCCAAUUCGAUGUGAAUACAAUCUGCAAUGCCCAUCGAGAUUCUCCUGCACCAGAGGAUUCUGCGUGGAGAUUUCUUCUGGUCAAUCUACAGGAGUUUUCUCUUCCUACGCGUCUUCAACAUCUGCUCAUCGCCACCAAGUACAAUUUGGUUCAUUGACAUGCACUCGUGAUAAACACUGUCCGGAGAGAAAAAUCUGCAUCAAUAAAUACUGCAAGAUGUUUGAAUAA